AUGGUUAAAGCACAAGCAGUAACAUACAAAGAACAUUCGAAAGACUUAUCAUCCAUUUUAAAGAAUUCAGAGUACGAAACUGAUGAAUCUAAAUUAUCACAAGAGGAAAUUUUAAUUCAAUUAUUAGCUACUCCAAUUAAUCCAAGUGAUAUAGCACAAAUAAAUGGUGGUUAUACCCAAGCUAAAACUUUUGACUUCGUAGAUGCUCAUAUUGGAGGUAAUGAAGGUGUUUAUAAAAUUAUAAAAUCUAAUGAUUUAAAUUUUAAAGUUGAUGAUCUUGUAAUUCCUAAAUUGCCAGGUUUCGGAACCUGGAGAACUCAUGCUGUAGUCAAAUCUGAUGAUUUAAUAGUUGUUAAUGGAUUGGAAUUAGAUCAAGCUGCUACUAUAUCAAUUAACCCAAGUACUGCUUAUCAAUUAAUCAAUGAGAUCCAAGAUUGGAAGGAUGGUGAUUGGAUUAUACAAAAUGCAGGUAAUUCUCAGGUGUCUCAGUUUGUCACUCAAUUGGCUAAAUUGAAAGGUGUGAGAGUGUUGAAUAUAGUUAGAGACAGUAGAUUAACUGAUGUUGAGAAUGGAAUUAGAGAGUCCGAAUUUACUAAUAAAGAAUUUGAUAUAAAGAAAUAUGCUAAAGAUGGUAGGGUUAGAUUAGCUUUAAAUUCAGUAAGCAAUGAAACUGUAUGGAAUUUAGUUAAUAGUUUAAGUCCUGAUGGUGUUUUAAUUACUUACGGUUCGAUUGGAGGUACUGAAAUUAAAUAUGAUGCUCGAGUUCAAUUGUUAAAAAAUAUCAAAACUAAGGCAUUUUGGUUGACUAAAAACACUAAAGCUAAUCCAGAAGGUAAAGUCGAUACUGUUAAGAGUUUGAUAAAAUUAUAUCAAGAAGGGAAAUUAAAAGAUGUAGGCUAUAAUAAAGUUAAAUAUGCUGGUGAUUUGAGAGAUUCUGUAUUGGAAGCUAUUCAAAAUUCUAAAAAUGGUAAACAAGUUGUUUUCUUACAAUAA